AUGUCGUCUGUUAGCGCCUGUCUCAACGAUGACUCGCUGGGGCCUGCUGUGCGUGGCUGUAGAGGCAACUUUGACUUCACUGUCGCCUUUGAAGAUGUCGUCUUUGUCAUUGCACCAGCCACUGCCUUCAUUUGCCUUGGGCUGUUGCGUAUCCUGGCGCUUUGUCGUCGCCGUCGCCCAAUUGUCGGCGCUUCGGCAGUUCAGUGGACGAAGCUGUCUCUUGCAAUAGGGUUGGCCCUCUUGCAACUUGCCCUUAUCGUUCUUGGGCGAAACUCGUCCCGGUUCGCUUCAGGACGUUCUUUGGCUGCUGCCUCCCUUGCGUUCAUUGCAGCCCUGCUUCUUGUCCCACUGUCAUGGAUUGAGCAUUCAAGAGCGCCACGACCUUCAACGGCCAUCGCUGCCUACCUUUCCGUCACGUUAUUAUUCGACGUUGCUCGGACACGGACAGCAUGGCUUCUAAUUACAUCGGGGCUGGGCCAGGAAUACGCUUCUGUAUUGACGACAGCCACUGCCCUCAAAGCUCUCAUGAUUUACCUGGAAUCUCAACAGAAAGAGAAAUGGCUUGGCUGGGAGAUGAAGCAGCAUAGCCCUGAGGAGACGAGCGGAAUCUGGAAUCUUGGCGUCUUCUUCUGGCUGAACACGCUGUUCAUGAAAGGCUAUCGUGUCAUCCUGACGCUGGAGAGUCUAUAUCCCCUCGACAAAGCACUUGAAGCUGAAUCACACCAACAUCUUGUUGAGAAAGUUCGGAAUAAUCCAUACAAGACUCAAAAGUAUGGUCUAGCACGUUUACUGCUGCAGAUCCUAGCUCUUCAGUUAUUACCACCAAUCAUUCCCCGUGCAGCGCUCCUUGCUGCCAGUAUGUGCCAACCUUUUCUCAUCCACGCCCUUUUGCACUACCUGCAGAGCGAAAACCAAGCUCAGAGCCAUGGAUAUGGACUCAUUGGCGCGACGGCUCUGACGUACGGGGCCAUCGCGUUCUCAACAGCAUUAUACUGGUACUUCCAGGAGCGUUUCGUCAUCAUGGUUCGAGGCAUUCUUGUGCUCGCCGUGUAUGAGAAGACAACAGAGCUGAGGAUGCCCGUCGACGGCGACUCUGGCGCCCUCACAUUGAUGAGCACCGACGUGGAGCGCAUCACAAGAGGAAUCCUCGACCUCCAUGAAUACUGGGCCAAUACGAUCCAGAUCGCUCUGUCUUGCUGGCUGCUUCAGCGAGAGCUCGGCGCUGCAUUCGCUGCCUCUCUUGGCGUAGUCGCUGUCUCAACCUUGACAGCGUUUGGGAUAGGUAAACUUCUUGGACCGCGCCAAAAAGAAUGGAUGGAGGCAAUCGAAAUGAGAGUUGGUGUCACAGCGUCCGCUAUUUCGCAGAUGAAGCUGGUUAAGAUGUCAGGCAUGACAAAGCCAAUCCAGUCUUACGUGCAGAGACUGCGUGUGAGAGAGAUUGAGAUCGGUGGGCGUUGGCGUAUGCUCCUUGCUGCAGCGGCUACUAUCUCUCAGGUUCCCAUGACCUUGUCUCCCGUUAUCACAUUUGCGGUGGCAACCAAGGCGCUCAACACUACCUCUAUAUUCGUCUCAAUCUCAUACCUUACCCUCCUCGCGUCGCCCCUGAUGAUACUGUUUCAGAAGAUUCCACAGUUUCUCGGGGCGCUAACCUGCCUUCAACGGGUCCAGACGUAUCUGGAACGUGAGCCAAGGUUUGAGUAUCGCCAUGUGCAUAAUGGCAUUGUGUCAGCCGCGUCUAUGACGUCGUCCUUUACUUCCAUUGCUAGCACCAAUGGUAUUGGAGUUGAGAUGCAGACUCUGGAGCAGAAAGGCACUCCUCACGUCGUGAUCAAGAACGGGAGCUUUGGGUGGCACGAGAACGUUACUGUUCUCAGACAUGUCAACAUAGCCAUUCCGACAUCACAUCUCACAGCUAUUGUUGGUCCUGUUGCAAGCGGGAAAUCCACCCUAUGCAAAGCUAUUCUCGGCGAAGUCCCCUUUGCGACAGGCUCUGUGGUUGUUCACCGAUCUAGAGUCAUUGGUUACUGCGAUCAACAGCCGUUCUUAACGAACGCCACCAUCCGCAACAACAUCCUUGGUAGUAGCUCAUUUGACGACAAGCGAUAUGCAUCCGUCAUAAACGCCACCAUGCUCGAUCGAGACCUCGCAAAUCUCCCCCAGGGCGAUAGCACGAUGAUUGGAAGCAGUGGCAUUGCCUUGAGUGGCGGACAACGACAACGAGUAGCAAUUGCUAGGGCGCUAUACCUUGUAGAUGCUAAACUCCUAAUCUUUGAUGACGUCCUCAGCGGUUUAGAUGCAAGGACAUCGGAUCAUGUGUUCCGGCAUGUCUUUGGACGAGAUGGCAUGCUUCGUCGUCGUGGGGCCACUGUUGUUCUGUGUACACACAACCCUCGGCACUUCCAAGCCGCGGACUAUGUCAUUAGAAUCAGCAGUGAUGGAGACGUGACUGCAGAGAAGCCCGCUGGCGACGGUACACUUUCAAAUACUGAUCUAGGCUUCGCCUCAGAGCCAGCUUCGACUGAGGGACUUGCCAGUACAACAGACCCGACAUCCUCCCAAGCAUCACCAACUGUAGCCAUGACUACAGAAGAAGCAGAGGCACGAAAGUUGGGUGACAGGAGUGUUUUUUCCUAUUACAUACGCACCAUAGGCCUCAUUCCCAUUGCCGCCUUCGUUUUCGCUUGUGUAUGCAACGGCUUCCUCAACAACUUUCCACGCAUAUGGCUCACUUUCUGGGCUGACGAUGCGGCCCGACCACAAAGAGGAUUGUCGCAACUACACUCUCAGGCCUACUAUAUCGGAAUCUACGGAAUACUCCAAGUACUAGCUUUAUUAUCUUUUAUGGCUGCUGUCGUGCUAGUUUUAGGACCUUUUAUCCGUCUCAGUGGGUCUGUACUGCACCAGAGGGCGUUGGAGACUGUUAUCAACGCACCGUUGCAAUUGUUGACAACAUCGGAUACUGGGACCAUCACCAACUACUUUUCCCAAGAUAUAACUAUCAUUGACAAUGAGCUCCCCAUGGCUGUAGCCAACGUAGUGCUGGAUGUCUUUGGUGUUGUUGGAAUGGGGGUCCUUAUCGCGUCAUCAUCGCCCUGGCUAGGACUGACUUACCCGGCUAUGAUACUCAUCCUAUGGUUGAUUCAACGGUUCUACCUCCGUACAUCUCGACAGCUUCGAUUGUUGGACCUUGAGGCCAAGAGUCCGUUAUACACACAUUUUCUAGAUACAUCCAGAGGCAUCGCCACCAUUCGUGCGUUAGGCUGGACGGGAAAAAACAUCAAGCACAAUCAUCGACUGCUGGACCAGUCCCAGAGGCCGAUGUAUCUACUGUCAAUGGUACAGCGCUGGCUGUAUUUGACCUUGAACGUAGUCGUUGCUGUUACGGCAACGGCUCUUGUAGGUUUGAUAACUCAGCUUCGGUCCAGUUCAAGUCUUUCUGGUGCGUCACUUGUCACGCUGAUGACAUUGAGUCAGUCAUUGAGCGACAUUGUGCGGUUCUACGCCGCAUUGGAGACUUCUAUUGGAGCUGUAGCUCGUCUCAGGAAUUUUACUACCAAGACUGGGACGGAAAGUGUUUUGCACGGUGACGUAAAACUUGAUCGGCUGUGGCCAUCGAAAGGCGUCAUUGAAGUACAAGGAGUCUGGGCGGCGUACAAAUCCAGUGGAGGAGAUGCUGAGGAAUACGCGCUGCAAGGAAUUGAUGUCUUCAUCCGAGCUGGCGAAAGGAUAGCCUUGUGCGGUCGUACAGGAAGCGGAAAGUCUUCUUUCAUUCUCCUCCUACUCGCCCUGUUAGAACCUUUGCAAAAGGAUAAUGCCGAGUAUAUGCUGUCCAUUGACGGUGUCCCUCUCUCAUCUAUAAAUCCUCAGAUGCUCAGAGAAAGAAUAAUAACCGUACCGCAGGACCCAGUGUUCUUGCCAAUAGGCAGUACUAUUAUGGAGAAUCUAGAUCCGCUGGGGGUAGCAACGCCAGAGCAGUGUCGUGAAGUUCUGCAAGCAACGGGCCUCUGGGAUAUGGUAGAAUCACAGGGCGGGCUGUGCAGUAUUCUAUCAGAAUCCUCACUUAGUCAAGGCCAAAGGCAGGUCUUCAACAUUGCUCGAGCAGUACUUAAACGAAAAACGAGUGGCAGCUCUGUACUCCUCUUGGAUGAGUUCACCAGCUCAGUCGAUGCUGACACGGAGCGAGACAUGCUGGCAAUGAUCGAGAGGGAGUUUGCUGGUUGCACGAUAGUCAUGGUCGCCCACCGACUGCACAUUGUGUCUGAAUUUUGCGACAGGGUGCUUGUUUUGGAUCACGGAAGGAUUGUAGAGGACGGUGACCCUCGGACGCUGGCAAGGGUUGAUGAAUCGUGGUUUGCGAGUCUGUUGGCAGCUGGGGGAUGA